AGAAAAUGUCUUGAAAUAUUCUAUUAUUUAUUUGUUGUCACGGAUGCUACAACUCUCUAUUUACUUGACAUUUGAUUGAAAUAAUGUCCCCCAUGUCCAAAUAAUGAAAUUCAGUUUUUAAAAGUUGACUCUUACAGGCCCAGUGGUUCACACCUAUUAAUCCCAGUGCCUCAGGAGGCUGAGGCAGAAGGAUCACAAAUUUGAGAAUAGCCUGUGCAACUUAGCAAGAUCCUGACUUAAAAUAAAUAAAAAUAAAAUUAAAAAGGAUGUAGUGUACAGCACCACUGGAUUCAAUUUUCAGUAUUAAAAAAAAAGAAAGAGAGAGAGAGAAUGAAAGAAAGAAAAGAAAAAGAGAAAAGGAAAGAAAAAGAAAAGACUCUCCAAUAACCAAAAGUAGUGGUAGUGAAUCCUAGUUGGUGAGAAACAGAGAAGAUACCUCUGCGGACUUUGGUUGGCAUCAUCUGGAUGAAGUGUUGCUCUUAGCAAUAAGGCAGUGCUAAACAAAGACAUUUAUGGGAUGCUUCAGAAAUCCACCAAACAUUUUGUAAAUGUUUCCUUAUCUAUUUCCUUUAAAAAUAAAAAAAAGGUUCUCAUCCUGUUCUAAAGGAUCAUGUUCUUCUAUCAUUUAUAUUAAUUUGAAAGAAAUUUCACAUUAUGACUCAAAUGUUAAAGAAAUGAGGUGUGUGAAACAUGAAAAAACAGCGCAAGAAAGCGACCAGUCACAUCUUUGGUGCAGGGGUCCCCGUGCAGCAUUCCAUGAUGUGGUUUUCCUAAGAGACCAAAAGGGGGCACCCAAGCCUUGAGCUCUGUGGAUUUCUCAAGCUGCCUUUUCUUUGUAGGAAUUUAUUUAUGCGUGUAGUUACUGUGAUUCUUUUGGCUAUAGAAUCGACACAGAGAUAACUUUCUAAAAAUAUAGAAAGUGAAAAUUUAAGAAAAUAAAUUUUAUCGUAUAUCCAGGGAGGGCAGCAAGUGUAAAAAGUGCUUUAAAACUGUAUUGAUGAUAGUAGCUUUAAAAACCAUAACAAUGUAUCCAUGACCUCAUCAAUUAUUGAAGUGAUGAGUUCCCUUUCCUGUAUAUCAGUCUACAAAUGUUUAAUAAUUGUCUCCUCUGUGCUAGAGGCUUCCUGGGGUGCUGGAAUACACUAUCAGAGACUACAUCAUCAAGGAACUAACAUGGGAAGAGGAUAGGGAGGCACUUGCUAGCAAUCAAAAUGUCCACUGGCCAGUGAUCUCUGGUCAUUCCUGAAGAAGACAUACAGAGCUAAGCUAGGAAUGCUGAACACUGUGUCGAAGAUCCGAGGGCAGGUGAAGACCACUGGAUACCCACAGACUGAAGGCUUGCUAGGGGACUGUAUGCUCAAAUAUGGGAAGGAACUCGGGGAAGACUCCACUUUUGGCAAUGCAUUGAUAGAAGUUGGUGAAUCCAUGAAACUCAUGGCUGAAGUGAAAGAUUCUCUUGAUAUUAAUGUAAAGCAAACUUUUAUUGAUCCACUUCAAUUACUACAAGACAAAGAUUUAAGAGAGAUUGGGCACCACCUGAAAAAAUUGGAAGGCCGCCGCCUGGAUUAUGAUUAUAAAAAGAAAAGAGUAGGUAAGAUACCAGAUGAAGAAGUCAGACAAGCAGUAGAAAAAUUUGAAGAAUCAAAGGAGUUGGCUGAAAGAAGCAUGUUUAAUUUUUUAGAAAAUGAUGUAGAGCAAGUCAGCCAGUUGGCCGUGUUUAUAGAGGCAGCUUUAGACUAUCACAAACAGUCCACAGAGAUUCUGCAGGAGUUGCAGAGCAAGCUACAGAUGAGAAUUAUGGCUGCAUCCACUAUUCCCAAACGAGAAUAUAAGCCAAGACCCGUGAAAAGGAGUACUAGUGAGUUCAAUGGGGUUUCCACCACUUCUGCAGCAAAGUUGACAGGUUCUAACGUUCCCAUGGAUCAGCCCUGCUGUCGUGGUCUCUAUGACUUUGAGCCAGAAAACCAAGGAGAAUUAGGAUUUAAAGAAGGGGACGUCAUUACUUUAACCAAUCAAAUAGAUGAAAAUUGGUAUGAAGGAAUGAUACGUGGGGAGUCCGGAUUCUUCCCCAUUAAUUAUGUCGAAGUCAUUGUGCCUUUACCUCAGUAAAUGUGUUACUCAAACUCUGGACCUACUUUCACAACUGAAAUGAUUUCACACCAAUGUUCUUGCAGUGUGGUGUUCUGUGACAUCCUUGCUCUCUGACCAACUUUUGUAUGUGUGUUCUCUUUAUAAUGUAUUUUGUAUCAAUUUAAUCUGUAUAAAUGAUUUUCUUGACUGAGCUACAUGAAAAUAGUUUUCUUCUUUGCUUACAGUCCUAAAAAGUCAUUGGUUAAAUGUAUGUGCUUCCUGUUGCUGAAAAAAUAAAUUGCACCCAUUGCAGAUAUGUCAGCAAGUUGCCUAUAUAUUCCUCAGCUGCAGUGGAAUGCAACAUUUGAAACUAAGAACUGCUAAAUAUUUUGUUUCUUGACAUUACUGAUGGCAUCUGGUCUUUUUCCCUUCUUCAUGUUUUAAGCUUACCUGUGAAUCUCCCAAUAAACAUGACACACUGUGUUGGCAAAAGGCCUGUUAUUUU